GCUGCAUGUGCAUGUGUGUAGAAUUUAUUGAGGGAAAGGCAAGUCAAAGAAAGGAGUUCUGCGUUUAGUUCCAAACAUAGGGAGGGGUGGGGUAACAAACAUACAUACCCACAAUAUCACUAGGAAUUAUAAGAAGCAUUUAAAAAGCUACAGAUUUAGAAUCCUUUUGGAGCAUUUGGCUGUGUGAGCAAGCUAUUUUUAAGAAAUAUUUAUCUGCCAUGAGAAGCUGCUUGCUGAUUGGUUAAUUUCACCAAAAUUAUUUGUUAUGCUUACAGUGCUUUCUCCUAUAGCAAAUGCUGGCCUCUGAUGUCAUAAGUGGAGUAUCUAUGGCAACUUUCAGUGGUACAACUCAUUUUACACUAGGGCUUUACCUCCUUACUUGGUACCUAGGAUUAGAACAGCAAAGAUGAGCAGUUUAGAGUACUUAGCAUAUCCAGUGAUUAUUGCCAAUCACAGGCAGAGUACCACCAUGAAGAAAAAACUGGACAUUGGUGACUAUCUCUCUCACAAGAACAAACUAGAACUCGCAAGACCUCGUGUUGAUAAUAAACCCCCACGUGCACAAACUCACCAUCACUUUAAAAUGAGCAAGAUUCAGGAAGACCAGAAGAGAAUUGGUAGAAUCGAAAGAGAAAACAAGCAGCUGGCAGAGAGGUUAGCUACCAUUCAGCGUGGGACCGGGAUGGUGGAUUGCUGGAAUCAAUACUUUCAGAGGAGCUCAAAUAGGGAGAAGCAGAACAGGGAGAUGGUGAGGAUCACUGUUGAAAAUCAGGGGAUUCUGAAGCGACUUGGUGACCCUAAACCUACAUAUGAUCGUAGGAAGUCUGAGAUUGAUUGGCAGAAUUCACGGCACUAUAUCCGGAAUACCACGCGGUAUCUCAUUGCUUCUCGGGAUAGCUAGGAGAAUACACCAGGCAUGGAUAAUACAGCAGAGACUUAGCACAUCUUGAAAGUCUGAUGGCCUGUUAAGGAUACAUAUUACAACUGGCUGAUGUUUUCUUAGGAUUGUAAAAUAAAAUGGAGCAUUGAAUGAAUGCAGUUUUCCUAUAAAAGUGCAACUCUCCACUCCAGCCCCCAAAUCUUCACCACAUACAUGUCUACUUUUGCCAUAAUUUAUUUUGAAUUUACAAACAAAACUGCACCUAAAAAACUCACAUCACAAUUCUCCCAAAUUAAUAAAAAGGCAAUUGUGUUUAACUACAGGGUUUGAUGCCUGCACAGGAUAGAAAUGGAGGCAAAGAUCAUUUAUUACAUGAACCAGACUGCAAAAGACAUUUUAGCUCAGUGUUUGAUACCAAUUUAGACCAUGAGACGUUUUCAGUUAUUGUAAUUUUAAAUAUUUUACAAAAUCUGCACAUUUCCAUUUGUCUUGGUUCUUUUAGCAACUAUUUCCUCUAUUGGGAUCUACUGGACAAUGAAGCAAACUGAAACUAUGUUGUACUUUUACUGCUAUCAUUUUGUAAGUGGUUUGAUAGUAAUUCCUGCAUUGAGUAGAUUUCUGAUGAUAUUAUUUUACAGCACAGAGAAUGCCGUUUCAUCUAACCUACAUCCUUGUCCAUGGUGAUACACAGUAUAUAUAUUUAUCAUGUCUAGCUGGAUUUAUUAAAGCUGUUAGUAAU